AUGGAGCAAGACGUUGGUUUCAUUGCUGCUGUAGAGGAAGCCAGGAAGGGCUAUGCCGAAGGCGGCGUGCCAAUUGGAGCUGCUCUUGUGGCUAAAGACGGUACUAUUCUUGGCCGUGGUCAUAACAUGCGUUUCCAGAAGGGUAGUGCUAUACUUCAUGCCGAAAUGUCUGCUCUCGAAAACGCCGGGCGUCUCCCAGCCUCGGCCUUGGAGGGUGCUACCAUGUACACUACUCUGUCGCCCUGCGAUAUGUGUACUGGUGCAUGCUUGCUCUUUAACGUGAAACGAGUCGUGAUUGGCGAGAAUAAGACCUUCGUUGGCGGAGAGGAGCAAUUGCGCAACCGCGGCGUAGACCUCACUGUGUUAGAUUCACGAGAGUGCAAGGAUUUGAUGGCUAAGUUCAUUAAGGAGAAGCCGGAGCUCUGGAACGAGGACAUCUCUGUCUAA